ACAAUGGUUGUUGCUGCAUUUGGAGGACUUGUUGGGCCUGGUAUGGUUGCUGCUGCAUUUGAAGGACUUGUUGGGCCUGGUAUAGUUGCAUCUGCAUUUGGAGAACUUGCUGUUGAGCCUGAAAAGGUUGAAUCUGCAUUUGAGAAGUCUGCUGUUGAGCCUGGGGUAGUUGCUGUAUUUGGGAUUGGGAAGUCUGAGUUUGAGGUAGUAGCUGAAUUUGGGAUUGGAAAGCCUGGGCCUGGGAUUCCUGAUCAAUAUGAGGUUGAAACUAAUUUAGCAAGAUUGUUUAUAAGAUGUAAAACCCAAUACCAACAAGCUGGUAAUAUUAAUUAUAAAAUUAGACCUUUGCCUUUUCCUAUAAUUGGUAACGCUUAUCUUUUUCGUGGAGAUUUAGCCGAAGUAUUUCUUAAACUUCAAGCGAAAUAUGGAACAUUAUUUGAAGUUUAUUUUGGUCCUAAGCGCAUGAUAUGGUUGGGUGAUGCAAAGUUAGUUAAAAAACUCAACGAUCCAUCUCCAAAAUCAAAUUUUCCAUAUCGUGCUAUAGGUCCUUGGAUUGAUGAAAUUAAAAUGACCGGCAUGGGAUUGGCUCUUAAUAAUCAUAUGAAUUCUUGGAGAUUUAAUAGGUCAAUGUUAGGUCGAAGUCUUAUGGUACCUUCACUCUUUCGACAAUUGGUUCAUAAAAUGGAAAUCACAUUUGCUGAAUUAGAAGGAUACUGGAUAAAGUUAUCAGGAGGAAAUAAAGUCAUGAAGACUGAUAUAGCUGAUUGGAUUUAUAAAUUUACAAAUGAUGUCAUUGUUCCUAUAGUUACAAAAAAACCUGCUGCAAAUAUGUUAACUUAUUAUAAUUAUCUUGCAAAAAAAGAUUCCAAUAUUACAUUCGAACAACAACAAGCUAUUGAAAUGCAUUAUAUACCACCGUUUACUUCUCUUAAUUCUAAAUAUUUAAAUAACAUAAAUUGGUUAAAUGAAUAUUUUAUUGAUAUGGUAAAAGUCAGAAGAAAAGAAAUUGAGAAUCUUCCAAAGGGAGAAACAUUAAGUUCGGAUAUUUUAACCUCCCUUAUUUGUUCUAACACACGUUUUGGUAUCCAAUAUGGUACUGAAAGUGACGAAUAUGAAAGGCCUAUGACGGAUGAAGAAAUUAUGCGAGUUACGAGUGAAGUAAUUACUGGUGGCACUAAUCCAGUUCAUAAUGAGAUUGAUAAAGUUCUUGGUAAAGACAUGAACCGACCUAUAACAUACGAAAAUAUUAUAAAAUUAAAUUAUAUCGAGGCUUGUUUUAAAGAAUCUUUACGAUUGUUACCAGUUAUCCCAUUUAUUUUUAAAGGAUCAGAUAAAGAAGAUACUAUAGCCGGUUUUAACUGGAAAGCGCAACAAGAAUUUUUUAUUCAUAGUUAUUAUAUACAUAAUUCUAAGGCUCAUUGGCGUGAUCCAGGAUCAUUCAUACCUGAAAGAUUCCUUGGUAAUGAAAAUAUUGAAGAAAAUAGUCAUUUACUAUUUGGUGGUGGACUUAGAAUAUGCCCUGGACGUCAACUAGCAUUAAAUAGUGCUAAAAUUUUUGUAGCUUUAAUCUUUAGAAAGUAUAAAAUUGAGUUAGUUGAUGACCAGUCAUUCUCAAAAGCUUAUAAUUUAGAUAAUAGAUGCGACAAGUUGAAG